AUGAAACUAUGUACCUGGCAUAUCAUUGUUGUCUCAUAUGCUAUAAUAUAUGUUGCAUCGAUUCCAUGGUAUAUUUUUCUUCAUCAGUUUAAAGAUAAAGUAUCUGGAAAUAUAGUCAUAGCAUUCUUAAACCAGAAUCUUAUAGUACGAUAUGGGUACUUUUUAUUCACAGCAGCAUACUUUAGUGAAGCAAUAACAUAUAGUCGUUCGGAAUUGAAGAUUUCUCGUUCAAACCUUUUAAAGAUUUUAAGGCAUUACAGUAUAUACACAUUAUGUACGGUCAUUUUACUUGGGUGGUUUUUUGGACCACUGAUUUAUGAGAGGGUUAACGUAUUAACUGGAGGAUAUUGUGAUGCUAACACACCAAAAACUGGAAUUGCAGGUCAGUUUCAGUGUAUUAGAAUACCGGGAGCCAAGUGGAUAGAUGGUUUCGAUGUUUCUGGACAUAUUUACAUAUUACUGACUAUGUGUUUAUUGCUAUGGGAAAGUUUCUUAGAAAACUUAGAUUUACGCCACUUUUCUCAACAGUUUGAAGGAUAUACAAACCUCAGAGCAUAUUUUUCAAAAUUUGAUUACGAGUAUCUGCCUUCUAUUCCAACAGACGAACAAGGGUACAUUAUACAAACAGAGUAUUCAAAUGUAAUUCGUUUAGUCUGUCUUGUAUUAACGGUAUCAUUGCUUAUUAUAUGGUCCAUGAUGUACAUAGUUACUUGUGUAUUCUUCCAUACACUAACUGAAAAGCUUGUCCUGCUAAUAGUAGGAAUUGCAAUUUCACUCUCGAUAACAUCCUUGAAUUAA